AUGCUUAACAUAUCCUGGAGACAACAUCCAACCAAACUGCAGCUUCAUGGACCCAUCCCUGACAUUUCUACAAUCUUACGUGAACGAAGAAUGCACUUUGCAGGUCACUGCUGGCGAGCAAAACAAGAACUCGCAAUCGAUCUACCUCUCUGGUCACCUAACCAUGGUAAAAGGCGGGUUGGUCGCCCUGCAAUCACCUACAUCUGCCAACUCUGUAGAGACGCGGGAUUCCUUCCAAACGACCUCCCUGCUUUGUUGCAGGACCGUGGUGGACGGAGUGAUAGACUCAUGAAUGCCUCAGCUAGCUCGACCUGA